UCCAGGUGAUGAGGGAACGAUGCCACCUCCUCGCUAUGGACACAGAUAAGGAAGGUGGAUAAGUACCAGACACCCGGCCGCCCUCGUCAUCAGUACGCCCACUUCCUCGCCUCCGUCCACGCGUACCCGCACGCCCAGGUCCAACACCCACACCACGAAUCCUCAACAUGGUUAAUACUUCAUACCUGACCACUCCUCAAGGAAUUGUCCGGAUAGUCGAGCUGGUGUUCGUUAUGGUGGCAAUGGUCACCUGGUUUGACGCAAUUCACUUCUGGUUGCACGUGCCUACUGGAGCCACAGUCGCCUCCAUCAUUACCAUCGUGGCCGUCAUGGUGCAGAACUUGCUACAAGGACCGUCGCGUUACGCGGAAGUUGUGAUUAGCGCGGUGUUGGCCAUACUCUUCCUGACAGCUGGCAUACUGAUCUUUGUGAAAGCAUCGCACUCUGCGCAGCUCCAGGCCUGCGGGGCCUUCUGCAUCCUCGCGUUCCUGGCCUACGGCGUUGACGUCGGCCUGACAGGCAAAAGUUUUUCCCAGUGAGGUUCUCCUUACCUCCGGGUUAAGCGCCAUCCAACACACUCUUUCUCGUCCUUCAGCUUGGACUGGUCGGUAUAGUGCCGGCUUCGCUUCUUGCAUGGUCACCGUUUAAUCCUCGAUAAUUCAAGUGGUUGGGCACCGUU